GUCAAAGGCAGUUCUUGACCCGCGGACCUCUUUGAAAGAUGCUUUUCCGUGUUUGACAUCGCGAUUCUGAUGCUCCACCUAAAGUGUGACUCGAAGCGGUCCAACCCUGCACGAAGUUGUACAACCAGUGGUUCGUUGUCGGAUAAAAGGUUUGUUUCUACUUCUAGCGAAACAGUUCGUUGACAAAAGGAAGGCACAUCGUGUGAGGACGAACCCUGGCCCUAAUAUUCUUAGAAAAAAUAGAAUGAUGGAAACGAAAACACGACUUACGAGUUGACUUCGUUGCGGUGGUACAGCAUGGAAGAUGCCCUAGCGUCAGUGGUGAGCAGAGUGACGGACACGGCGAUCGUAUUGCUGCUUGUUUCUUGGCGUAUUUGGUUCGUCCUUGAAUGUGUUCUGGGUCCGGCGACUGCCCUAGCCCACCGAGCUGUUGCUCCCGGCGGCGAUGUUGCCGCUGCGCGUGACGAGCGUACAGCUUUCUUCACGAUGUGGACGGGCCAUGCUGGAGCCGAAAUAGCCCAAAGCGGAGCCGCUGCACAGGGGGGCUCGCUCGUAUGAUGUACUUGAUUUUUGUCCACUGCGAUUAUGUGGAAAAGCCAUUCGCUCGGGCAAGCAGCGGACAGCGUGACGGAGCCUUUGGUGAAGACAUUGAAAAGAACUUGACAAAGAUCUAGCCAGUUGAGGAACGAAAGGAAACCUGCGCACGCAAGAAUGUUGCAGAAAACGAAGCGCAUUUUCUUGUAUUGGCAACAAGGCUGGGAGCACGCGCCGCCUCUGGUACAGGACUGCCGCCGAUCGUGGGAAUUGCACAAUACGCCCUCGUGGGAGAUUGUGUUGCUCUCCGGUGCAAACGUGUCCUCGAUCGUGGAUCUCGACGCUGUCAUCGUGCAAGGCGAGGGAGCAGCUGUUCCACAGUCUGACAAAGCGGAGGAGGGGUAUGCAAAGGAAGAUGAAGAGACUGCCGAUACAACUUCAGCUGCAGCGAGAGCAUCCGUACGUGGAGAAAACCACUUCAGCGAAACCCCGAUGUCCUCAUUGGCGCUCGAUUCUAGGUAUUGGCAAGCAGCGCCGGAUAGCGUCCGGGAGCACCCGUACCGGAGAAGGGAUGCAGAGAAAAACUUUUUUCUGCCCGUGGCCACCACCGACCAAGAGAGGCUGGAGUACUUGUCGACAUUUAUCUUCACGGACGCCCUACGCUUGGAACUCCUAGCUCUCGAUAAAGACUUCAUGCCGGCUCCUGCAUCGCCUGCACCACUCACCAGAAAAACAAAUGGUCAAGUAGAAAGCGGCCGGCAUGGUGCCGAACCUUCGUCGAGCGACAGCGAAGAAGUGUGGAAUGUGUGGGCCGAUGCCACCAUGCUCUGUCUGCGGCCGCUGGAUGACUGGCUCUUUCGAGACGCUAGCGUGCUUGAGAACCCAGCGGGGUUCUGGCUCUACGCCGGCUUGGAGCACGUGAUCUAUCCACAAUUUGAUCGACAUCCUCCACACGAACAACAAGGGACGACUUCUACCGCCAGUGCAGACGAUACAGUGGACGACUCCGCUGCAAGCGCCGUUUCCUCUCACCACGCUGUCUCCAUCCACCAGCCCGCAAUUUGGUUUCUGAUUGCGCGGAGCGGCAGCGACAUGCUGCGGCGCUGGCGGGACGCGUACCGACGGCGCUGGGCUCGGCGGCGGCGCGAAGAGUUUGAGAUCCGGGUGGACCCGCUGUCCCAGCAGGUGUUUUGGACCGCCUCCGACCACGCGAGCCGCUUUUUCAAGGGCCAGCACCCGGCCACAACGGAGGUGGACACUUACUUUUUGUUUGAGCAACAGACCGGCCUCCGAGCGAUGGACCAAGUCGCCCGGGCCCUUUUCGACGACGUAAUUCUACCGGUAGACGUCACCACGGAAAGCGGUGCGCAAGUGCAAAAGGAAGUAGUCACGAAUUCGUUCAACAUCUUCAGCCUGGACCAGUCUUUCCUCGACCUGCUUUCUGAGGAUCGGAUGUUCUUCCAUUACUGGGCCGACGUGGUGCUGCCGCUGACAGCAUCGAUCGACUCAUCCGGUGCCAACAUGCUGAUGACGGACGAGUUUUCUCUGUGGUCGGACGCUACUGCUGCGGAGGCGGCACCCCGGAAGAAGAACUUCGUGUCUCGAAUCGUGAACGGGGACACGCAUGUUCUGAAAAUGAGCUUGAAAAAUCGUCCCACGGACAUGACCGAAGAAAAGUUUCGUAGUGACACCUUCGGUGGCCUCGCUCUGCGGCUCGCAAUGUUGAAUACGUCAGGAGAUGACCCCACAACUAGCGGGGAAGAUCAGGAAAAGAUCGUGCGCAACAUAGUAGACAAAGUAGAGCUAUUUGAGAAUUUUCUUCCGGAGGCUUUCGCGAAAAGUACUGAGUUUUGUUCUCCUUUUGGAGUUGCAGGUCCGAUGGUCGCUUGA